GCUUUCUCCCUGUGAAAUCCCAAUCUCAGCAGCACAUCUUCCACAUAAUGGCAGGGAGGGACCUGUCUGCUCAGCUCUGAGCUUUUGUGGUGCAUAUUUUUGAAGUAUUGGAGGAGAGACGAGUGAGGGAGGGAGGAAGAAACAGAACUUCCCCAAUUCCACAGGAGUGAUUGUGUGUUACUUAUGUUACACCUUGCAAAUUGAGUCUUCACAACAAAAAGUCAAUGCCAUUUCUAAUUCUUUCUAUACUGCAUAAAAUAGCUUUAUAUAUUUCCCCAACAUAUGGUUUAUGCUUUGCAAGUAGUAAAAUUUAUAUAUCUUGGUCUCUUUCCAAAUCAUGAACAAAUAUCAUGCAAUGGAGUUGACAUUUUAAUCCAAAAAGUGUUUAAAGUUCACAAAUCAGUGUGGCUGCUGACUGAACCUUGUGAUGUACAAUGCAACUUUUCCCCAGCACAGGCAAGUCCCAGGUCACUAUUGGACAGAGGAAAGACAGGUAUAUGGUACCUUUCUCCAUUAAUAACCCUUUGUUUUUAGCCAAGUUUUGCCCUGAAAUUAAAGGCAGAUACAAAUGAAUAAAAUGGCCCUCAUAAAA